UUCUUUUAAUUCCCCUAGAUUUACAAUUUCUUUUAGGGUGAGUUUCUCUGGUGCAGGGGAAGAAAAUGAACAAUAGAGACAGAGGAAUACCAUCCCAGAAAACACAAAUGUCCAAAGAGACGAAAAGAACCGUUAGCUGGUUAGAAAGACAGUUUACGACAAAAGCCAGUCGAGAUUAUGAUUCCAGUAAUGGUGUUGAUUACCCAACUGCAGUAGCUGUAGCUGCAUUUGUUGUAAAAUCAAUUGAAGACAAGAGUAACAAGGACCAAACAAGGACAAACAUUGGAGCUAAUAAACCUUUAAGCAAUAUUAAGAGUAAAGCAAAUGAUACAAUUGAGAGACCUGAAAAGUCCACAGCUGUCAAAACUGCAAAGUCGAGUUCAAAAGUUCAAGACAAAAACAUUGUAAUACGAACAGCUACGUUGAAUCAAGAACCACUCAACUCCACGCGAUCUAUUAAGCAGAGUGCAACCUUUGAGGAUACCAGAAAGAACUCCACAUUUAAGAACAUUGACAUUGCAUCUACCAAAACGCCAAUUAGACUAUCGAUGUCUCAGAAAGAGAUGACGAAAGGAACAACUACAACAAAUCAUGUAGUUAGAAAUUCUAAAGCAGAUAUUUGGGAGAAAGAAGAGAUGAAGAAGAUCAAAGAACGGCAUGAAAAGCAACAUAAUGUGAUACUUGAAUGGGAGACUAAGAAGAAGAAAAAGUUGAAACGACACUUAGAGCAAAUUGAGGCAAAAAUAGAUAGACGAAGGGCGAAGACAAAGCAAAGUUUCUACAACGAUAUUGGAAGGAUCGAAAAGAUAGCAGGAGGAGCCAAAGCAAAAGCAGAGCAAAAUCAAGAAAAAGAAGAGCAUAAGGUGAAAGAGAAAGCAAAUAAAAUCAGAUCAACUGGGAAAAUGCCAGCAACAUGUUUGUGCUUUUAAGCUAAGAUCGAUUACACGAAAGAACGUAAAUAUUGUACAAGCAACAUCAACAUUUGGAUGAUCUUUCAAACUUGUAUGCAA